CUCUAGUAUCUACUGCGGUCAGCUUCACCUUCACGUGGCUUCGCAUACGUAUUACGCAGUUUGUAUAGUUUUCGCGUUUUCGCGCGGGAAUGUUGUGCUAGCUUUGCGCUUGCGCAGAAACCACCAAAACAUCAUGCCAGCGACUGUUGCCGACGUUGAUAGUGAAUCUCAGUGAAUCUUUCAACGCAUUUAAAAGAUCACAAAAGAUGUAACGGGAUCUAACUGAUAAAAAUGUCUGUAUAUUCUGAAAGAAUACAAGAAUUAUUAAAAAGUGCAACAACUACAAAAAUUACAGAGAGGAGAAAAUGCGUUGUAGAAUUGUUGGAAUUAUAUGAAAAUGAAGAAGCGGUAAAUGAGAUACAUAGAAGCACAGAACAAAAUGUAAAAGGUGUUGUGAAUUGGUCGUAUAUUGUACAUACUGUACAUAAACUAUUGAUAAAUGAAACAAGUAGAUUUGCUACUAAGGAAAAGAGUAACAAAGCAACACUUACAGAAAGACAAAAUAUAUGUAUGCUUGUACGAAAAACGAUUCAACAUGCAAAUUGUUACAAAAUACCACUUAUAAAGUGCAAAGACAUAAUGCCUUUAAUCUUGCAAGUUCUAGGGACAAAAACUUAUGAAUAUUAUCAUGAAACUUAUACGGGUAUACUGGUUACAUAUAUACUUCCAUUUAAAAUAUAUCAGGCAAAGAUGUUACCUGAACAGUGGCAAGAAUUAUUGAAGAUAUGCAUACACUUGUAUGAAAAUGUAUCUUCACUUACAAAUAAACGAACUAUAUUAGAUGCUUUACAAAUGAUUGUAUAUUUUGGUUGCAUUCACUCAAAUCUACUUCUUCACCUAAAAAGGAUAUUAUUGUUUUUAGAGAAUGUUUUUCUUGAUGUGAAAACAAAUCAAGAAAUCUUAGCAGAAUCCGCUUAUAAACUUACGAACACGGUAUGUCAACAAAUUGCAACUGAAUAUAGGAUUAUGCUUUGUCAAUUUAGCGAAAAUAUUUUGCCAAACAUAAUUAGUUUAAAAAGUUCAUCAGAGAAAUACAAACUUUUAUUACUUUUUAUUAAAAUUCAUCAUCCUAAAGGAAGAUGUAAAGUCUGUGAUGGAGCUUAUGCUGAUAAUUGGGAGAAGUGGCACACGAUACUCAAAAGUAUAUAUUUAAUGAUCUUAAAAGAUCUUAAAGUGGAUGUACUUUCCGAAAGUUUUAUUUAUCUUGCAAGCGAAGUUUUUAAACAAAUGUUAGAAAAUCCCAACAUUAUCAUUGAAAAAACAUCGUACAACGAAUGUGAUUAUACGCAAUCGGCGAAACGAAGACGAAUUGCUAUAAAAAUUGAUGGAUUAGUUAAUUUGGUCAUGGAUAAUAAUGCGCAAGAAGCAUGGCCAAUGAUACAAAUAUUAAUAGUGUUACUCAAACAAUAUCCCGAAUGUUUAAAAUCAGAAGACCUUACAGCAUUUUUGAAAAUCCUAGUAGAUUUUCUUACGCAGUCUUGUAAAGAAGAAGUUAUUAUGGAUAAUUUAUACGAAUUGGCUGCUGUUUUGCUAGUAAAUGAAAAAAUGUUUUCAGUAAUCGAUAUGGAAAACUCAAAUAUUUAUUGGGAUAAAAUAUGGGAUAUAUUGUUAAGGUCUCUAAAUGUAAAUCAAAACGAAACAUCAACUCACAAACUUACCCAACUCUUUAUAAUAAAUAAUAAAAUAACUAAUCCAAAUGCACUUUUAAAGCUGUAUCUCACAAAUGUUAUUAAGUGGUCUAUCAUGAGUAUUCGCACAUUAGCAAUACUUUGCGAAUAUUUAUCAUUGCCAACUGAUAUUACAAUGGUUAAUAUAAAUAUGUGCUCGCCAACGAUGAAUUCAAAUUCUGUCAGAUUGUGCUUGCUAAAGUGGGCAUUAGAUAUACCCUGGCAUAAGAUAGCAAUACAAAUAGUAAUCGACGAGUUAUGUUUACUGUUGAUUAAUAUCGCAGUAAAGUCAAGGCAUGAAAAACACAUAAAAUUUGACGAACAGAGUAUCAAUAAUUCAUGCGAUUGUUUAAAGAAGGAAAAAUAUAUCGAACCUUCUUAUGAGGAUAUCGAGUAUUGCUAUUUAUUACUAACGUAUAACAGGGAUUUAUUAAUUGAAAAAGAGAAAAAAACUGUUCAACAGAACACAAAAGUAAAUGAGCAUAUAUUGUACGUGCCAAGUAUUGUUACGUCUUUAAUGAACAGUUUAUGUGACAUAAUUGAUGAAAGUAAUGGAGGCGAUGAUUUAUAUAUAAUGAUUAUAAAAGUUGCUGUUAUAGCAAAAAUAAUAUCAACAAUGAUGCAGUGGAAUAUAAUACCUAUGAAUAUUAACGAAGUGCAUCUUGUAGAUGCUAUGAAACAGUAUUUGGAUCGUAUUUAUACUUUAUUGGCGGAUAUAGAUCCAUUAAGAAGUAAAUACAUCUACCUUCGCAAUGUAACAAAAGCACUUAACAUACUCUAUGAGACAACAUAUAAUAUUAAUGUAACAAACAUAAUUGUCUCAUCUGCAACUCCAGAUAUGUUAAAAAAUAUAUUUAGCUUAAUGAAUAUCGAAGAUAAUGAAAUUGCCGAUUACGAGGCAACUAAAGAUUAUUACAAUGAUUAUGGCUUUUUUCAAGGUAGACGUAAAUCUUUGGAUACAGAAGUUCUGCAUAGAAAACGAUGUAACUUCUGUGACAAAGGUACGAUUAGAAUACAAGCGACAAGAGCUUUAGCAUUGUUUUGUUGUAUGAAUCUAAGACAAGAAAAAUGCGAGAUUCAAAUAAAACUUCUGAAUAAUUUACUUAAAAUAGAGAUGUACGAUCUUUCGCGGACAGUUGAUUUUAGAAUGGCUGUCAUAGUUUUAGAAUCUUUAUCGAAACAUGACAAAGAAGAAUUGUGGAAAAAUCACAAAGAAAUACCGCUGAAAAAUUUAGUGACAUUAUAUCACGAAUGUUGUCUAGAUGAAACUGCCAUUCAUUAUAUAUUAAAAAUUUUGCCAUAUUUUCUUAAGUAUGCUACAGACUAUAAUUGUUACCUAGAAGAGUUAAUGAAUAUUAUUUCUCACUUGAAUAAUCUUCGAUCCAAAAAAGAUUGUGGUUUCCACGUUCAUAUAGCAUUUACUAAAUGUCUUUUAAAAAUUAUUCGUAUCAAUCCUUUUCUUUUUCAUUAUGCAUUACACAGUACUUCAGAUCAAUUAAUGCCAAUAUUUGACAGUGUCUUAUCAUCUCUUGCCAGUCCUUUGUUUAUUAUAAAAUUACAAGCAAUUAAAUGCAUACAAGAAGUAUAUUUUUUAACAAACAUUGCUUUUAAAUGGAAGGAAAAAUUAUUUAUGCAAAUCGAAGAAUUGGUAAAUAAGCUAAUUAUUAGCAAUGAAAAAGUAGACAAUAACAGAAAUACUGAUGAACGAGAGAUCAAAUUCGCAAGUUCUUUACUAGUACUUAGCGCUAUAAUAUCUAGUAACGGAACAUUUCAAUGUUAUGCUUUGUGGACGAUGUUAUGUUUCGUUAUAGACCAAAAGAUAGAAGUUCAAAUAAUACCAAGGGCAUUAAAAAUAAUAACAAACCAAAUAUGUUACACAAGUCUCAUAGAAGACAAUCUAAGUUAUCUAGCGACUCGUUGGUUUCAUUCGAAAUAUUUAUUACAGCCAUUUCCUUGGAAUUUGGUACAAUGCGAAUCUGAAGAAGAAUUUUACAAAAUGUACAUUAAUAUGUUUGCAUUUAUUAAACUUAAAAAUUUCGAACUUUCUAGCAUUACGCCUCUCUGCAAUUACGUGAACUUACCAUUCGAACAAAUUAUUGAAAAUAUUUUUCCACAAAUGUUGCUAUGGUUAUUAUAUAGUAUUAACGAAAACAAUGAAAGUAGUGCAAAAAAAUUAGCAAGUAAAAUGUUUCAUAAAUUAAUAUCAAAUCAAGAUGAAUUCGUUCGAAUAAAAAAAUUUUCUAAUUUGUUUAAUGAUAAAUUUGAAGAGACACUAACAUGUCUUAUUGAAAGAUUACAUGACGAAGAUUAUCUCGAACAAAUGUUAGAAGUUCGAACUUCAUUUCCAAUAUCAGAUCCUCCUCAUUUUAAAAGAGAAGUAAUUGAAACUUGCUUAGAGUAUAUGAGACAACAUUUUUUUGCAGAAGAAAGGUCUGUACAAUAUGUUCUAGCAUGCAAUUGUCCAGAUAUACUGCAAAAAAUAUUAUUACAUUUAGUUAGCAACAUUUACAAAAAGAGAUUUGUGGAACAUAAAGUAAAAGCCUUUCAUCAGUACAUGUUCUUUUGUACAUUAAUUGUUGAAGAGUUGAACGAGAACUAUUUUAAUAAAUUGUCUAUGUAUCUAAUAAAAGAUAUUAGCUACAGUUUACUUCAUAUAAUUAAAGUACAUGAUGAUGUUCUUCUUCAUAUAGCAUGUAAAUAUUUCUAUAAAUUUUUAAAGCAAGUAUUACCUUUAAGAAGCAAAGAGAUUAAAGAAAUUUUGAGUUUCGUAGUCAUAACAUUAAUUUCUAUUGCACAAACAGAAAAAAUGCCAAUAACUUUAGACAUACUUAGUUUUUUAUUAAUCGAUCAAAAAGAGAUAUUAUGCGGUGCAAUAGAAAAGUUAAAUUCAUUUCCAAAUGUUCCUAUUUUUCGAGAAAUCCGUAAUGUCCAUAAUUCUUUAAAGUAUAAAAGGGAAAAGACUUAUAGUCUAGAAGAAGAAGUGCAACAUUUCUUAAAAUCUUUGGUUGAUAAAAACAUAAAUUAUAGCAUAGAAGAUAUUUCACAUUUACGGCUACAGUUAUCAACGAGAAAAGAAGAAUUGCAGAAAUUAUACAAUAAACUUGAAACGAUGCGUGGUUUUGCUGAAGAUUGUGCAUCGAGCAUGUUGCAUCAGUUGAUAUAUAAACUCAUAAAAUUAACAGCAUCUUCCGACGUUGAUGUCUCGCUUGAGGCAUCAAAGUGUCUAGGUGAAUUAGGUCCAAACGAUUUAACAUCAAUGAUAUUAUAUUUAGAAAAAAGUCACGUUAAAGAAACUUCUGAUUUAAUAGAAAUAUUAUCUUACAAAAUAGUAAGCAAAUUGUUACAAUUUAUAUUUCAAAGUGAUAUAGAACUUCGAAAAGUUAGUGCCAACGCGCUUUAUGUUAUAUUGUCAUCUCCUUGGGGGCAAAAGGUGUUAAGUAAACAAUACAUGGAACAUCUAAAAACUAUUUUAGGUGAAACACAAGUAACGAUAUCUUUACACUAUAUUCAGCCAUUUAAAGUUGGAAAAAGUUCAAAAGUAAGGAAAGUUGGCAUAAAUAACGAAAAAAUUAAUAAUAUUCUAAAUCCACAUAAUACUAUUUGGUCAGUUGAAUCCGAUGGUUCGUAUAGCAAUUGGAUUGUACAGAUAACAUGUAAAAUUGCAGAAUGUCUUACAGGAUUUUAUUCUGAAAAUUUAUUCCCGAUUUGUGCGCUAAGUACUAAUUUUUGUGAGAUAAUUUUACCAAGAAUUAUUUUUCUAAUAAUUGAUAUAGAUAAAAAACACAUGUCCAGCGUAUGUUCUUGUAUUAAUGCGUUUUUUAAUUAUCAUUUUAACUAUAUGAUGGAACCAAAUACUUCUUCAUCUGUAAUGCGUAAAAAUUGUGAUCAUCAAAUUAUGCACUGUAUGUUAAAUAUUGUAAACUACAUUAGGAUACAAGUUACCGACAAUGUUCAUUUAAAGUUAAAUUAUAUGUACAUCGCUAAAGCUGCGCAAUAUUGUUCAGCAUUUUUUACUGCGAUACUAUACGCGGAAAUGUUUUGUGAAAAUAUUUUAAACGAUUACAAUAAUUUUACCAAUGUUUCAAAAAUUGAUCGCAUCUAUGAAUUGUCACCUGAAGAAGGAAAGGUGAUUCAAAAUAUUCUUCGGGACACUUACUCGAAAAUAGGUGAUUUUGACGCUAUUCAUGGUACCGGUUCCUCUCAUUUACAAGAUCAUUCCACUCGUAUACAGCAUUAUGUUCAAACUCAUGAUUGGAAGAAAGUAAUGCUCGCCCAAGAUGUUGAACUAUGUUUUGGAAACAUGACAGUAAUCAAAGAAAUGGCUAAUGGAUUACACCAGUCUGGUCUACAAUACUUACUCGGUAAUUUCAUAUCUACCAUAUCCAAAAGUGCUGAAAACAUUGAUGAAGAUAUUCAGUACGAAUGUGCUUGGCGACUUAGCAAUUGGAAUCUUUGCGAAAUGAAUCAGUUAUAUACACAAAACGAUUAUAAAUUAAAAUCGAACAUAACUGAGUGCGAUUAUCAUUUUUAUCAUUACCAGGCGCUAAAAUAUUUCCACGAAGGCAAUGAUAUAGGUGUACAAAGUGCAAUUGAAAACGCUCGCAUGAGUAUCAUCAAAGCACUCAGAAAUAUUAGUUUAGAAAGCAGUAAAACUAUAUAUGAAAGGCUGAUGCAGUUACAGUUAAUUCGCGAGAUAGAAGAAUUAAGCUUUGCUAAGCCAGAUGAAUAUGAAGCGGUGUUGGAAAAAUGGCAACAGCAAGAUAUAACAAAUUUUAACGAAUUUCAAUACCUCGAACCAAUUUUAACUCAGCGGACUAUUAUGUUUCAAAUAAACGAUACUUUGACUGAUAAUGUUAAGCUAAAGCAUGCACUGUUUAAUACAUAUUUAGAAAUUUCAAAAGUGGCAGCGGAUAAAGAAAAUUUGCAUAUCGCUACUCGUUCUCUAGCUGUCUUAGCGAAACAAAAGGACUUGCCUUCCAAAAUUCAAGAUCAAUUACUUUAUCAGGAAUCUCUAUUGGCGCGACUUAGAAAAGAUUUGGAAAUCGGACGGUUUCUGUUGCGCAAUUUAAUGCAUAAAGAAACAUUGGAUAAGAAUUUACGAGCACAAGUAUUAAGAGUUUAUGGAGAUUGGAUGGCUGAAACAAAAUCGGAAAAUCCUGAGGCUGUGAUAAAAAAGUAUUAUUUAACAUCUAUAGAUGCAAGCAUUUCUAUUAACGAACAAACUACAAAUAGUCUUAAGAAUUUACAUGACACACAAGUAGCUCUGGCUCGCUUUGCUGAUACUCAAUUUGAACAAAUAUGUUCGUAUAUGAAAUCUCCUCAAUUUGAAAGUCUGAGAGAGUGUAUUACGUACUCAGGAAGAGGAAUUAGCAUGGAUUCAGUUCCUAAAGACGAGGAUGUUCGAAAAGCUUUGAUUUUGAAUCAGAGACAAAAUAUAAAUGAUGUCGCUGAGCUAGAACGCAUACAAAAAGAAAAAGAUAAAUAUUUAAUCUUAGCGCUACGAUAUUAUUUAGCAGUACUACAACAAAGUGAAGACUAUAAUCUCUUGGUAUUUAGAGUAGUAGCACUUUGGUUAGAUAAUGUACAAACAAAAGAAGUUAACGAUUUAUUGCACGUAAAUCUCGUUAAAAUACCAUCUUUUAAAUUCAUUCCGCUUGCUCCACAAUUAGCAGCGCAUAUGAAUGACGUUUUUGAUGACUUCUCUAAGGGAAUAUAUAAAAUUAUGGAACGUUGUGCCUUGGAACAUCCGCAUCAUACAUUACCGGUACUGUUGGCAUUGAAAAACUUACAUGGCGAUUAUGAGUACAGUACAACUAAGAAAAAGAAGACUGCGGAGCCCAGAGUUCUCGGAGCUAAAAAAUUAUUACACGAAUUAAUGCAGUCAAAUAUCGAAUUGAUUUUGCGCGAAAUGGACAAGUUAUCACACUCCUUAGUUAUGUUAGCUAAUCAUACAACUUCUUCGAACAAAUCCGGCUCUAAAAUCAACAUACCUAAAAAUCAAGAAAUUUUAAAAGUUAAAAAUUUCGUAAACGUACUUGUACCAACGAUAACAAUUAAUUUAAAACCAUCCAGAAAUUACAAUGAUAUCAUUGGUAUUUCUAAAUAUGUGGAAACAUACGAAACUGUCGGAGGUGUAAAUACACCGAAAAAACUAAUUUGCAUUGGUACAGAUGGAAUUGCAAGAUAUCAGUUAGUAAAGGGAAAAGAUGACUUGCGACAAGAUGCUGUAAUGCAACAAGUUUUUAAUGUAAUGAACAUACUCUUGAAAGCUUAUAAGGAAACUAAACGAAGAAAAUUGAUGAUUAGAACUUACAAGGUUGUCCCAUUGACACAAAGAUCGGGAAUAUUAGAAUGGUGCGAGAACACGAUACCCAUCGCACUCCUAUUGACAGGUUCGAAAAAUAUUCCUGGACUUCAUGAAAAGUAUUAUCCGGAAGAUUAUUCGGCGACCGAUUGCAGGCAGAAGCUGGCAAAUGUGUCAAAAUCAUCAACUGACGUAAAAUUGGAAGUAUUUAUGAAUUGCUGUGCUCACAUGCAUCCAGUCAUGCAUUAUUUCUUUACUGAAAAAUAUCCAUCUCCUGAAACAUGGUUCGAAAGAAGAUUGGCAUAUACGCGCAGCAUAGCAACAACUUCUAUGGCGGGAUACAUCUUGGGUUUGGGAGAUAGACACUUAAGUAAUAUUUUAAUGGAUCAAACAACUGCUGAAGUAAUUCACAUUGAUUUUGGUAUAGCAUUUGAACAGGGAAAAGUGCUACCAGUUCCUGAAACUAUUCCAUUUAGACUUACGCAGAAUAUUGAAGUAGCAAUGGGUGUGUCUGGCAUAGAGGGCACAAUGAGACAUUGUUGCGAGAAAACGUUAACCGUAUUACGCGAUCAAAGACAAGUAAUUAUAACUCUGCUGCAAGUUCUUUUAUACGACCCAUUAUUUACAUGGACUGUCACGCCAGCUAAAGCGUACAAUAUGCAAAGUGGGCAUUCCUCGAGAUCGGUCGAAAUUAAUCAGUGUUCAACGAUAACUAAUAAAACAGCAGAAAGAGCUCUUCUGAGAAUCGAACAGAAACUACAAGGCACCGAGGAAGGUUUAGCAUCCAGUGUAUCUGGUCAAGUUGAACGACUUAUACAGCAAGCACGUGAUCCUGUGAAUCUCUGUCGUCUGUAUUAUGGAUGGCAACCGUAUUUAUAAUAUUUUAAUGAUCAUACAAAUUAUGAAGUAUUA